UAGAGGAGUCAGAGGUUGGUGGAGGCAGGGGAAAAAUGGUUUCCGGAAUUUGAUCAAAUCAUAAGGAGGAGGUGGAAGAGGAGGAGGAAGAACAAGAGGGUGUCAUCUCUGGCAAUCCCCUAGCUCAUGCGGAAAAUCUCGGCAACGAAUUCACAAGAUUAUUCCAAAUUAUUGUGAUAGGCACCAAAAACUUGUGGAGAAAGAGCUGUUCAUUUGAGCCUAGAAGGAGAAAACUAGAGAAGGAAAAGGUGGAUCAGCUAGUUUCAGGAAGAGAAUAGAGGGAAAACCCAUUGGUUUUGUUUUUGUGUUUCUGGUGCUGCAGUGCCCUUAGAAAGAGUUGAACCUCAGGCUAGAGAGAGAGAGAGACAGAAAAAGGGAAGGGGGAGUGUCAAUCGAUUGCAGGAAGAGGGAGAGGAGGAAAGCCUAUAAAUUCCUUUUGGGUUCUCGGCGAUGGGUUCGGUCAUGGAUAGAGAGGUAGUUUGCAGGAGAAAAGGAAAGGGAGAGAGGGAGGAAUCCGUAAUGGAAGGCAGGAAGGGGGAUGAAGGGAAGAAGAGGUUCGAGCGUAGAUUGGUGAAGUAUGAGGCCUUGCCAGAGUACUUGAAGGACAAUGAGUUCAUAUUGGAUUAUUACAGAGCAGAGUGGCCGUUGAAGGAAGCCAUCCUCAGUAUAUUUUCCUGGCAUAAUGAGACGCUCAACAUCUGGACGCAUUUGGCAGGUUUUUUCCUUUUCUUGAUCCUUACCAUCAUUGGCCUCCUGCAAACACCAGAGCUGCUUACCAAUUUCUCAUGGUCUCUACCGUCUCAUGCCAACAUGAAUAGCUCAGACGAUUUGUUUCGUCUGGUCCACAAGAAUGUGAUACGAUCAGAAGCAAGAGGAGGCAGCAGCAGGCUAGGUGCAGUGCCAAGAUGGCCAUGGCUAGUCUUCCUUGUGGGGUCAAUGCUGUGCCUCCUCUGCAGCACCCUCUCCCACCUCCUUGCCUGCCACUCUCACAAACUAAACCUCUUCUUCUGGCGCCUUGACUAUGCUGGAAUCACCCUCAUGAUCGUCUCCUCCUUCGUCCCGCCAAUCUACUAUAUCUUCCUCUGCCAACCGCUCUGGCGCCUCUUCUACAUAUCCUCCAUUACCACUCUCGGGUUACUUGCCGUCCUGACACUCCUCGCUCCUGGAUUGUCCACUGCACGGUUCCGGCCGUUCCGCGCAGCACUCUUCUUGGCCAUGGGCUUUUCAGGCCUCGUACCUGCGGCGCAUGCUCUGUGGCUCAAUUGGGACCAGCCGCAUUGCCUGGUGACGCUGGCUUAUGAGGUGGCCAUGGCCCUGUUCUAUGCUGCUGGUGCUGGGUUCUACGUCAGCAGGGUGCCGGAGAGGUGGAAGCCUGGUGCCUUUGACAUUGCUGGUCACAGCCACCAGAUCUUUCAUGUGUUGGUUGUUGCUGGAGCCCUGGCUCACUAUGGUGCAACGCUGGUGCUGCUCGACUGGCGUGACCGCGCCACUUGCCUCCACAUGUGAUCUUGGUUGGCCCAAUGAUGUUCUUCUUUGUGUUGUCAUAGGCAGUGGGACUUGCUUCCUUUCUUAUCUUUGCAAUGGAACUAAGCUAGACUGAUUUAGUUACAUGAAGCUAUAACUAAGUUAGAAGCUGAGCGUUUGUCUUGCCAACAAGAGCUUCAGCUCCUGAUUGGAGGUUAGAUUUGAGACUUUUAAUUUGAAGAUGGUGAUAUCAAACUUUCAAGUUGAAGAAGGUCAAGAACAAUAUUUGAGAUAA